GGGAUCGGCCUGGUCAGAGUGGCCGUAAAAGUGGCCGGCUCUAGAAAUCUGGAGACGCGCUUGACACGAUCCGCCGAUGCGUAGCCCAUGAGCGCCGCGGAUAAUAUAAGAUUACCCCCGACCCGGCGAUUCAGAUGGCAUCUCGGGCACAGCAAAUCAGACUCUAUUCGCACGACAAUCUCUCGCCCAUAUUUUGCAACAAUGGGUUCAAUUGCCUUUUCAGAAACGACGUUGGUUCGACCAAGCAAGGCGCCCGUGCCAGGCCGGAUUUCAGUCACACCGCUUGAUCAAUACAUGGUCAGGGUCAUUCUCCCGAUGAUGGUCAUUUUUAAGAUUGAUGAGCCUUCGCUUCGGCCCAUAAUUUUACAGAAUCUGAAAAGGGCCCUCUCGCUGGCCAUUGACGAACUGACCAUUCUUGCUGCGGACAUAAUUCCGUUAGAUCCAGCCAACGACACAAUUCAACUCGAAUACGGCGAGGAUGCAGGAGUCUGGUUCCACGUCAAGGAGUUGCCAGAUGUCGACUAUGAGGACUUGGCCCAACGCAAUUUUCCAUUCUCCGCCCUACCGGCGUCUCAGUUCGCCCCGAAGCCUCUGGGCCACUCUGCAAGAAGUCCCGUCAUGACGCUGCAGGCGACGUUGAUCAAGGGCGGCCUGGUCCUUACCUUUGGCGGCCAUCAUGUGGUCAUGGAUGCCCAGGGCAUGGGUACCUUUGUGGCUGUUUGGGCCAAGCAUGUGGCCGCGGUAUCUGAAGGCCUGGUUGUCACCGAAAAGCAGCAGCUGCAUCACGAUUCGUUGGAUGCAUCUCAGCUCUUCGGCCCAAGGAUGGAACGCCCGCUGUCCGAGUUCCCCACAUACCAAACUGGCCCGGAUCGAUCAUACGAGCAUAUGCAGGCCAAGAUCCUGCAGAAGGCCGUUGCGGGUGACCACGACGGAAUCGCCAAACUCAUCCGCGUGUCGCAUUGGGCCAUGAGCCAGGAGAAGCUAGAGGCCCUUCGAGAUGCAACCGUGCCACGGACCAAGGAAGAAUCGUCCGUCACUGCCAAUGCCACACUAUCCGCGCUUAUCUGGAAACAAGUCACUAGGGCUCGGCGGCUCACGGAGAAGCAGGUCGCCUCGAGCUCGCUUCUAACUUCGGUCAAUGUGAGGAGGCGCGUGGAUCCGCCACUGGCCCCCGAGUACCCUGGUAACGCCAUUGCUUUGGCCAAGGCUAAUGCAACGGCUGAAGAGCUAGAAGCGCCCGGGGUGGAAUCCCUCUAUGCAAUUGCAAAGAAGGUUGCCGCUUCCAUCGAAUGGUGGACUCCAGACGAACUUUGGUCUUUGACCGGCGCGCUGCAAACCUGUGGCAACGUUGCCAAUAAGCUGCUGCCACCACUCAACUACGACGUGCUAGUCACGGCACCGGCUCGGCUGGGAGACAUGCUCAAGGAGGCCCGCUGGGGUCCGGAGCUUGGAGACAUCAAGGCCUUGAGGUGGGCAUUCCCGGCUUUCAUGGACGGUUUUGUCAUUAUUCUGCCCUCCAUUCACGGAGGAAUCGAGAUUAUGCUGUGGACCGCGCCGGAGACGGCCAUGCGGUUGAAGGAGGACGCGGAUUGGACGAAAUGGGUAACUCAGCUGGAAUAGUGGCUGGCUCCGGCUCAAUAGCUGCUUCUUGACCCAACCACAGGUUGAUGGAUGGAGGCGAUUUGGAACUUUGUACGGGCAUGACUAGCCCGACCCCCCUCUACCGCAGAAGCAGACCGCGAUAUGACUAGUCGAACCAACCUAACACUGCUUUGACAAU